UUUCCAUUUGCAUCAUCACUGUGUAGCAAAAAAACACCCAGACAGUCGUACAGAUCUAGUUUAGAGGAUUUAAAGUGAGCAGACCUGCAGGAGGAGGAGGAUGCUUCACAGAAACUCAGCACUCUGGACGCUCAUUUUGGAUUCUAGCAGCCAAAGUUUGACGUAAUUCUUCAUCAGGAUCAUCAAGAAUAGACUGUGAGUGUCAUCAUGGAAGUAUUUCCCAAGGAAAGAUAAGAGAUAUAUCCUCAGUUUGGACUUGGAGGAGAAGAAAGUUGGGGAAAACAUUUAAAGCAAAGUUGUUUGCAGGAGUUUUUCCAGAUGUUUCUGCUGCUGCAAACAGCUGUUGUCUAAUGAAACACAUUCACACCCCAAAGAAGAAAAGAAGCACUUUUUCUUUAUUUCUCAUGACUUUAUUCUCUCCAGCACUCCCAUUAGAAGAAUUUAAAAAACUUUGUAUACUGCAAACUUCGUCGACGUUUCUGGAUAUGGAUAUACACCGAGGAGACAAAAUAAAGGAGCCGAUUUAAUAAAUAAGAAUCAGAUGUUAUAAUAAAAAUGUUAUUUGGGUGAAGUCGUUGGAAACUCUCAAGGGAAGCCCCAAUGAGUGGCACACAGUCAACACUCACUGACAGGACCCCAAGCAUUCUCAACAAGGACCCCACAGACAAGAAACCCAAGAAUGAGAAAUCCUCCGUCUCCCUCAAACAUGAGUUUGACCCGACAGGUCUUGUGCAGCGCUGUGUGAUAAUCCAGAGAGAUGAGAAUGGCUUCGGGCUGACCGUAAGUGGAGACAACCCCGUGUUUGUGCAGCUGGUAAAGGAAGAUGGAGCUGCGAUGCGAGCUGGUGUUCAGACAGGAGACAGGAUCAUUAAGGUUAAUGGGACCUUAGUUACACAUUCAAACCACAUCGAGGUUGUGAAGCUGAUAAAAUCGGGCUCCUAUGUAGCGCUGACGGUGCUGGGGAGGCCUCCUGGGCUUCCUCACAUGCCCCUGGAGGAAGACGAUGAGGAGAAGAAGGCGGAGGAGGAAGGGGCAGAGGUCAGCCUACCCUCUUCUCUCUCAGCGCCCCAUUCACCUGCACUGCCAGGUGGGGAGCGAUGCAGCCAUCAGGAGCACAUCACCUCUCUGCCUGACGGGGAUGAGAACAAAACAACGCACAGCCAGAAGACCGACGUCCUGCUAAAGAUGCUAAACAAGGAGCAGCAGGACCUCCAGGCGAAGGAGGAGGAGUACAGCAGAAACCCUCGGCCUAAACUACUGAAGGAGGUCCAGGAGGCCAAGAAGCACAUUUCACUGCUGCAGGAGCAGGUCAGCAAAGCAGCAGCGGCGGCAUUACAGGAUGGAGCCGCAGGGUCUAGGAACGGUGAGGCUGAGGAGGGGGACGGUGGGCCUCCUCUGAGGGAACAGACGCCGUCUUCACGGGGUGACAGCGCCAACGACAGGUCCUCAACCAACAAUAACUCUGUGCACAGCAGCCCCCUCACAGAGGGUCCUGGCAAAAGAGAGACGCCCUGUCAGAGCCCGGACGUCAGCCGGCGGGACGGCAUCAACUUCUGCUCAUCGCCUGACUCUGAGGAUGUUCCUGACACAGACUCCAGUGCUCAGUGCAUUGUGGGUAGCCCUCCCUACCUCCUCAACCUCCAGAUCAUUGGAGCAGAAGACGACUACUUUGACUCUCAGCAAGAGCAGAUUAACGGACUGUGUAGCUGUUUCCAGAGUUUAGACUCGCUGAAGUCUCGGCCGGCUCACCUCGCAGUCUUCCUCCAUUAUGUUGUCUCUCAGUAUGACCCUACACCUCUGCUCUGUUAUCUCUACGCUGACAUGCACAAGCAAACCAACUCCAAAGAAAGCCGGCGCUUCUUCAUGGAGUUCCACUCGCUCUUCAUGGAUAAAACAGCAAAUCUUAAAGUACCAUUGCCAGAGGCAGUCGCAGCUGAAUUAGAGAAGCGGAGGCUGGAGUUAAUCCCAGAGGAGCUCUGCAAACAGUUCACACAGGCGUUACAGGACGCACUGCUACCAGACCUGCACAAGAACCUGGAGGACUUCAGACAGAAGCGCAGCAUGGGUAUGACUCUGGCUGAAGACGAGCUCUCAAAGCUGGACUCAGAGGGAGGAAAAGACCAGCAGGCUCUGGAGAAGGAAUGCUCAUGUGCUGAACACAUCCUCUCCAAGAUAGAGGAUAUCCUGUUGACGUCACAGCCCACAGAAGAGGAGAAGUGCCAAACAAUGCAGUAUGUGCUUCUCACCUAUAUGAAGCACCUCGGGGUGAAAGUGAAGGAGCCUCGAGGCCUCGAACAGAAACGAGCGCGCAUCAACUUCCUGCCCAAGAUGAAGAAGAGCAAUAAGCCGGAGAAGGAGGGUGAGGAGAAGGUGAAAAAGCCUCGGUUUCCCAACAUCCUCGGCCCGCCUCGCCGUCUGAGCAGAGUGGACUCCACUUCAGUCGGUAAGGCCGUGGAGAUCAACAAGCAGCGGUCACCAAAGCAGCUCCCUCAGCCGGCCUUUGGCAUCCCUGAGCAGUCGGACUCUUCUUCCUCGAGUUCUGGACGGAUCCGUGGAAAUCAGCUCAGUGAGGGAUCGGACACCAGUAUGCAAUCUACGCCUUCCACCACCACCGCCUCCACCACCACCUCCCCUACACACAGCUCGCCCAGCGGUCAGGCCUCAGAUACCAGUGGACAAGACUCAGACUCCAAUGUGUCUCCAUUCUGCAUCCAGCCCAGACUGGGCGAGGGUCUGCAGCCUGGGGACCACCAGGACGGCGUCUCCAGUCCGACCAGCACUCAGUUUGACUUCAGCCCCACCAACCUGGAGCAGUUACAGGAGGAAGAUCAGGAGGCUUUCAGCAGGAUGGAGGUGCAGUGUCCGGUGACUUCAGCCGACAUCCAGAGUGAAGACGACCAGGGAGGGGAGAUGGAGUGUGAAGAAAACCCUCAGAACUGGCAGAGUCUGGUGAGUCGAGGCGUCCUGGCGAGCUUAACGCCACAGGAGAUCAAACGGCAGGAAGUCAUCAACGAGCUGUUCUACACUGAGCGUGCUCACUUGCGGAUGCUGAAGGUGCUGGACUGUGUUUUCCACCAGAGGUUGAACAGAGACGGCGUCCUCCCGCCAGAGGACAUCAGACACAUCUUCAUUAACCUGGAGGAAAUCAUUCAGCUGCAUGUGUCUGUAACGGAGCAGAUGACGGCCAUCAGGAAGAGGAGUGAGACGUCGGUGAUCGGUCAGAUCGCAGAUGACCUCUUGGCCUGGUUCAGCGGGGAGGAAGAGGAGAAGAUAAAACGAGCCGUGGGAACUUUCUGUAGCAACCAGCCGUCGGCGCUGGAGCUCAUCAAGAGCAGGCAGAAGAAAGACCAGCGCUUCACUUUAUUCAUGCAGGAAGCUGAGAGCAACCGUCUGUGUCGCCGGCUGCAGCUUAAAGACAUCAUUCCUGUAGAAAUGCAGAGAGUCACCAAGUACCCUCUCCUACUGGACAACAUCGCCAAGUACACAGGAGAUGGUGAGGAGAGGGAAAAGGUGAAGAAAGCUGGCGAAUGUUGCAAAAAGAUCCUGAACCACGUCAACCAGGCGGUCAAAGAGGCUGAGAACAAACAGAGGCUGGAGGAGUAUCAGAGGAGGUUAGACCUGUCGUCACUCAAACAGAGUGAAAACCCCAUGAUCCUGGAGCUGAAGAAUCUGGACCUGACGAAGAGGAAGAUGGUGCACGAGGGACCUCUGUCCUGGAAAGUCAAUAAAGAAAAGACAAUUGAGCUGUACACGAUCCUCCUGGAGGACAUCCUGGUUUUACUGCAGAAACAGGACGAACGUCUGGUCCUCAAAUUCCACGGCAAGAAUCCGGCCAGCGCCGCCGACGCCAAGCACAUCUUCAGCCCCAUCAUCAAGCUAAACACUGUCCUGGUUCGUCCGGUGGCGACCGACAACAAGUCUUUCUUCGUGCUGUCCAUGUCGGAGAACGGGGCUCAGAUCUACGAGCUGAUGGCUCAGACGGUGUCCGAUCAGAGAGCGUGGCAGUGUCUGAUCACACAAUGUGCUGACGCCGUGAAGACCAAACCUCACCACAGAGACAACACACCUCCAGCUCAGUCUGAUGCUGACGCCAUUGAGAUCAUCAAAUGUGGGAUGCCCAAGGCCAGCAAAGAUCCUAACGACACGUUAGGUACUUCAGAUAAAGAAGACGCCUCUUCGCCAGACAUUCAAGCUCCACCGAGUAUCAACCCGUUUGAUGGAUGCAUGAAAUCAGAAGACGAGGAAGAGGAGCUGGUCGCGGCAGACAGACGGGAGGAAGAGGAGGAGGAUGAAGAGGUGGAUGAAGCAGAACUAGAAGCUUUCCUGGACGGGCAGCUGGCAGACGGACUGCCCUUCCCACAGGAAGAAUGCUCAUGUCAGGGCAUCGCCGUUGAAAACCAAGAGCACAACGCAUUCAGAAUGUCCUCCUCUAAAGGAGAAGAUGCUCUCAGGACAUUGUCGAUACUGAAGCAGGCUCUUUUCAACCACAUGAUGAGCAGAGAGUCUGAGGAGGAGAAAGAGGAGACGCAGGAGAGCAAGCAGAGUGGGGCCCCUGGGUGUCUGCUGAGUGCCUCUUUGCCCGGGAGUCCUGAAGGGCCCGCUGAGAGCCGAGCAAGUUCACAGAAAGAAAACACAGAGCUUUCUGAGACGACUGAACGCAACGGUGGUUUUAUGGUUCUGGAUUUCGGUGGGGGCCUCGAGGAGAGCAGCACUGACGAUGACGGGCUCGCAGGAGGCGACGUGGGGAUCGACAUGAGGAAACUGCUCUCCUCCUCCUCGCAGGCAGGAGGCGGCGGCGGCCCCAACCUCAGCAGGCAGCUCAUGACCCACAUGCGUCUCCUUCAGGCCGACCUGCAGUAUCUGAAGGAGGUGGAGAUGAAGUACAACGAGCUGCGACAAACACACAGCGACGCGGCUACUGACUCCGAUGACAACAACAACGACGGGGUUCAGUGAUGACAGACUUCCUUCUCUCUCGGUCGUGUGAGUUUCAUACCACUACCAUACUCACUCUACCACUUCUGGAUGAAUCCUUGACUAUUUAACACUGGUGUUAUGAAGACUUCAUGUGUCAGUGGAAGACAAAUGUUUCACUAUAAAGAGGAGAGACUCUGUGGAGCUACACGAGGACAAUUCAGUCACUUUUUUUUGCAAUAAUAAUAACCAACUGCAUAAAUUAUCGUAAACACUGGAGAUAUGAAAUGGAAAAAGAGGAGCGUGUGACGUCACACGGAUGCACAGCAGAGAUUAAAAGAGACAUGAAGAUUCUCUGAGGAUCAAGAAGGUCGAUGGUCUUAUUCAGGACUCACUGCUGUAAGCUUGAUAUAUAAAAGUCUGCAAUAAGAGACAACCUCUACUGUACAUAUUCAGUCCAGCACGCCACAUAGUUGAACAUGCUUGAAGAAAGACUUCCUUAUUUUGUAAAAGCAACCGUUAAAUGCCGAAAUCUCUCAUCACACUGAUUAUAUUUUUUAAAUUUGGAAACAUUCAUGCUGUAAAAUCCAUCCCCAAAU